AUAUUGUAAAAUAAUUAAUCUAUAAUUAGUCUUAGUAAGGAUUAACAGUAUUAUACUUAAUAUAACUUUGAAUAAUUAUUAAUCAACAUGCAAGCUACUGAAGAAUUUCCUUUUCCUUUUUCUCCAUAUUCCAUUCAAGUUCAAUUUAUGAAAGAAUUGUAUAAUUGUUUGGAAAAUGCUAAGUUGGGAAUCUUUGAAAGUCCAACUGGUACUGGUAAAUCCAUGUCAAUUAUCUGUGGUGCUUUAAAGUGGCUUUUGGAUCAUGAAGAACUACAGAAGAACCAAUUGACCGCAGCAAUUUCUAAUCUUGAUGAAAAAAUAAAAAAUUGUACCAAUUUAUCUAAUAAUUGGUUCUCUGUACAAACUGAACAAAUACAGUUAAAUAAGGAGAAACAAUUGCUUCAAGCAAAGUUAAAUAGUAUUCUUCAAUAUGAGCAUAAGAAGAAUAAUCUAAAAGAAGCAACUAAAAAUGUAAACAGAAAGAAGAAAUUACAUAGUCAGAGUAAUAUAAAUCGUAUAAAAAAUGAAAUUGAUAUAGAAAAGAAGGAGUCAGCUGAUGAACUUAAUGAUAAAGAAACCAAUAUAGAAGAAGAGAUACUUUUGGAUGAUAUAACGCAGCAUUCAGAAAGUUCUGAGGAUGAAGACAAAGAGGAAGAAGAAAUUUUUGAGAAUACUAAAAUCUUUUUUUGUUCUAGAACUCAUUCACAAUUAUCACAAUUUAUAAGAGAAAUCAAGAAAAGUCCUUAUUCAAAAAAUGUAUCUGUUGUUCCAUUGGCAUCUAGGCAAAAUUAUUGUAUUAAUAAAAAUAUAAGAAGACUAAAGCAUCAAAGUUUAAUUAAUGAACAAUGUUUACAAUUACAAAAGAAGAAAGCUACUGUUAAAGAGGAGAAAGAUGUUAAAAGAAAGAAAGUAGCAACUAGUUGUCCCUUUAUGCCAGGAAAUCAGGAUUUACUGAUAGGGGAAACAGUAAUAGAAAUUCAGGAUAUUGAAGAGAUUGUACAAAAGGGAGAAGAUCUGAAAACUUGUCCAUACUAUGCAUCAAGAAAAGCUAUUCCAUGUGGUCAGUUAAUAUUAGUGCCAUAUAAUUCUGUAUUGCAUAAAAAUACUAGAAUUAGUUCAGGAAUUAAUUUAAAAAGAAAUAUAUUGAUAAUUGAUGAAGCCCAUAAUUUACUUGAGGCUAUUGAAAAAAUGCACAGUGUUAUGAUUACAGGCAGAAAUUUAUUGCACUGUUAUAGUCAACUUUCACAAUAUUUAAAGAGGUAUCAAACUUUAUUUUCUGCAAAAAAUUUUCUAUACCUUAAUCAGUUAAGCUUUUGUUUAAAAAAGCUUUUAACUAUUUUUGGAGCUACUACAAAAUCAAAUCCUGAUGACGUUAUAAGUGCAGAAACAACGUCAAAGUCUUACAAAAUAGAAGAAUUUGAAAUAAAAACAGAAAUUGAUACAAUAAAUAUAUUCGAGUUGUUAAAAUUUAUUAAAAAUUCUCGGUUAAGUCAUAAAUUACAAAGCUUUGUAGAACAAUAUGAGAAUAAUGUAAAAAUCCAUAGUCAUGAUGUAAAAAAAUCUGGUAUAAAGCAGUUUUUAAAUUCUAUUAAAGCUAAACCUGCAGAAUGCAGUACAUCUGAUACAGUCACAGCAUCAGUGAAUGAAGAACAAUCAAAUAACCCUUUAAUAUUAAUAAUAAGUUUCUUAGAGUGUUUACAAAAUAGAUGCACUGAUGGACGCAUAUUUCUUGCUCCUUGCUCAACUAUUGGACAAAGUAUUAUAAAAUUCCAGUUAUUAAAUCCAGCAGCACAUUUCCAUGACAUUAUUCAAGAUUCUAGAGCUGUAAUAUUAGCUGGUGGAACAAUGGCACCAAUGAAUGAAUUUACAGAGCAGUUAUUUAUAGCAGCAGGUGCUGAAUCUGAAAGAAUUGUUACAUUUUCAUGUGAUCAUGUAGUUCCUCAAGAAAAUAUAAUAUGCUCAGUUGUAACUCAUGGUCCUACAGGUGUUGAAUUUGAAUUUAAUUUUCAAAAUCGACAGAAUACAAAAUUGUUAGAUGAGUUAGGGAGAGCUUUAUUAAAUUUAUGUAAUAUUGUACCCGCUGGCAUUGUAGUAUUUUUACCCUCUUAUAAUUUCGAGGAAUUAGUGUACAAGCACUUAGAAAAAUCUGGUAUUAUAGCAAAAAUUUCGGUAAAAAAAUGUGUUCUUCGAGAACCGAAAUCAUCUUCUCAGGUCAAUGAAAUUUUGGAACGAUACGCAGUUCAUAUAGAAAGACCGAAAAGUCCACAAAAUGGUUCAUUAUUAUUUAGUGUAGUAGGUGGGAAACUAAGCGAAGGAUUGAAUUUUUCUGAUAAUUUGGGAAGAUGUAUUAUAGUUGUAGGAAUGCCUUAUCCAAAUAUUAAAUCAUUAGAACUACAAGAGAAAAUGAGAUAUUUAAAUGAAAAUGUUAAACCAAAUGCUGGUCAAAGUUUAUAUGAAAAUUCAUGUAUGAAAGCAGUCAAUCAGUGUAUUGGACGAGCAAUUCGACAUAUCAAUGAUUAUUCGACGGUAAUAUUAUUAGAUAAACGUUAUUGUCAUAAAACGAAAGCUCUUCCACAAUGGAUUCAACGUACUUUAAUGAUUCAUAAUAGUUUUGGUAGCAUGAUUGGUGCUAUGGCUAAAUUUUUUAAUAAAAAGAAGCAAGUAAAAGUAACAAACAAUAGUAUUUAGUAAUAUAUUAACCGCACAACGACGCAUUAUAUUCAAGGUAUUUAUGUAUUUUACGUAACAAUAUAUAAUUAUAAUCGAUAACAAUUUAACAGAUAAGCAUGCAUACAAAAUUGAAGACAUGUUACAUAUAAUUUCUAAGACAUACUUCAAAUUUGUAUGUUAAGUCAUGACAAUAAAUUUGACCAGGGUACAGUAUAGAACAUGGAAAAUGUGACUGAAAGCAAUUAAUUUUGUGUAUUAAUUAAAUAGUAUCUCAUUUUACAAGUUUUAUAUGUUACUUUUUAUAUACUUACAUGAUGUAUCGCAUUAGGGUAAUUUUGUGGUUGAAUGCUAAAAGCACAGAACUUUUUAUAUUGACUUCCUCGUUUUCCUAAAAGAAAUUCCAACUUUUUUGGUAUUGCUAUUAUUUUUUUAUAUUGUCUUUUUGAUUCUUCUUCAUCAUCUUCAUCACUUUUAUAACUUUCAACAUAUUCAUUUUCAUUGCUCUAUAAUAAAAUAUAUAUUACAAAUCUAGAUAUAACUUAUUCAAGAUAUAACAAAUAUUUACAUCUUCUAACAAAUCAUAGUUCUCCGAAUAUUCUGAAAUAAUUUGAGGUGGUAAGUGUCCUCCAGUAUAAAACUGUAAUCCACGUUGAUCUGAAUAUACUUCUAAGACACUAAAAUAUAGUAUUCGAAAAUAUAGUAUUAUUUAAUAAAGAUUGAUGCAUAUAAUGUAUAUUCAUGUAUACCGUCCACUUUUUACAUGCCAAACUUUAGCAACAAAUAAACUGCCAGAUUGUUCAUUUUUUGUAACACAAAGAUUGUGGUCAUAGCCUUCACCAGGAGGUACCUAUGAAUUAAAUAAAUACUUUACUGUUUUAAAUUUUAUUAAA